UAGUAAUUAUGAUAAGUUCAGUUUGAAAUAGUUAUCUCUCAAACUCAUCAUUAUUGUUUGUUCGACUGUAGACCUUAAUUUACGUCAUAUUUUAAAACUUGUGAUUGUACAGGGCUUGCAUUUUCUUGUCUCCACUGAUAAGAUAAAAAAUUCAUAUCUUAGUUUAAAUUUUACCACUGAGAUGAGACUUCUAGUAUUUUUAGCUGCCCUGGGGACUUCUUUGGCUUUGAGGGGAUCCAAAAAGAUUAUCAACCCACCUGAAUCUGUUAACAAGGCUCAGUUUGAUGAAAUGUGGUAUGAUCAGAAACUGGAUCAUUUUGAUAUCACUGGCUCUCCACUUUGGAGACAGAGGUACUGGUACAACUUUGCUCAUUAUGAGGAGGGUGGUCCAGCUCUGAUUAUGAUUGGAGGUGAAGGAGAAGCUUCUCCAGGUUGGCUAAAUUAUGGAAUCUGGACCAAAUAUGCAGAAGAAAAUAACGCUGCUCUCUUUCUUCUAGAACAUAGAUUUUACGGGCAAAGUCAACCCACUGAAGAUAUGGCUACAGAGAACAUGAGAUACUUGAGUUCUAGACAGGCAUUGGAAGAUCUUGCCACUUUCAUGACCUCCAUGAGCAUGACACAUAACAUCACUGGGCCUUGGGUGUCUUUUGGAGGUUCCUAUCCUGGGUCACUUUCUGCUUGGUUAAAGCUUAAAUACCCUCAUCUUUUAGCUGGCGCUGUGUCAAGCUCAGGUCCUCUUAAUGCUAAACUGGAUUUCCAUGAAUACCUUGGAGUUGUAAAAAGUGCUUUGGAAACAACUGGAGCUGGUUGCAAUGAAGCCAUAACAGAAGCAUUGAAGACUAUUGAAAUACUGCUGGCAGAUGAAUUUUCUUGGGAUCUUCUCUCUGAAAUGUUCAAGACUUGCAAGCCAUUGACUGGAAACAGCAAAGAUGUUAAAUCAUUUGUUGAACUACUUAUUGACAAUUUGGCUGGCAUUGUUCAGUACAAUGGACUUCUUGAAAUGGAUAUUUUUGAGGUCUGUGACAUUAUGAGAGAUGAAUCCUACGGAGAACCAAUUGAACGAUUUGCAAAGGUUAAUUCUUUGAGUCUUGCAAACAAUGGUGCAGAGUGUCUUGAUCAUGAGUAUUCCUCAUUCUUGGCUCUUCUAACUGAUACCUCGUUUGCUGGAGAGGGUGUUGGAUGGAGGCAAUGGAUUUGGCAAACUUGUACUGAGUUUGGUUGGUACCAGACAACCAAUCAACCUGAAGAGGUGUACGGUCGGCUUCUUGACUUGGAGUUCUUUGAAUCCUGGUGUGCUGAUGCAUUUAGCGAGCUGGACUGGACCCAUGAGAAGCUUGAACAGGAAAUGAUUGACACUAACACUGAGUAUGGAGGAUUUUACCCGGUGGUUAAUAAUGUUGUAUUUGUGCAUGGAUCCAUUGAUCCCUGGCAUGCAAUGGGGGUACUUGAGGAUCUUGGUGAAAGUGCUACAUCCAUCUUUAUUGAAGGAACAUCUCAUUGUAAUGACAUGUACUCCAACUCACCUGGGGACUCUGAGGGACUGGUGCAGGCAAGGGAGAAAAUAGGAGUCUUGGUCAAUAAGUGGAUUGAAGAGGCUUCCAUACCAUAAGUGUAUUUUCAUGGAAUAAAUGUUUUAAUCCCUUGAUGUUAAAA